AAAUGGGUUCCCACGCCAUGGCGGCUCUGCUCUGCCUCUGCCUCGCCCAGCUUCUCCUUCACGGACAUGCUGCCGGAACGGCUGAUGGCAUGGAGCGCUGGGGUUACGUGAAGGUCCGGCCGAAGGCACACCUGUUUUGGUGGUUAUACAAGAGCUCGCAGCGGGUGCUGUCGCCGGGGAAGCCAUGGCCUACCAUCCUCUGGCUCCAGGGAGGCCCGGGAGGUUCUGGCGUCGGGCGUGGCAACUUCCAGGAGAUCGGGCCGCUGGAUGUCAAUCUGAAGCCGCGCAACUUUACGUGGCUGCAGAUGGCCGACCUCAUCUUUGUGGUUCGAGAGCGAUACCUCUGUUUCAUCACGUCCCUGUUUCUUAUUCUUUGCCGCGACUAUUUGUGAACUGCAUGAUUUGUGAUGUCAAUGGCGGGAUGCAGGACAAUCCGGUGGGGGCCGGGUAUAGCUACGUGGAGGACCCGAGCGCGCUGGCGAAGACGGACUUGCAGGCGACCACUGACGUCGUUGAGCUCCUCAAGGCGCUCACCAAGGAGAUAUCCACUCUGCGGUGCAGCCCGUUGUUCUUCGUCGGCGAGUCCUACGGCGGCAAGCACGCCGCCAUGAUCGGCGCCUCCGUGGCAAGGGCCAUCCACGCCGGCAGCCUCAACCUCACGCUCGGAGGUGUUGCGCUUGGGGAUAGCUGGAUCUCACCAGACGAUUUCGCGCUCUCUUACGCGCAGCUGCUGCACGACGUGUCGAGGCUGAACGACAACGCUGUCGGGGACGCCAACAAAAUGGCUGUAAUGGUAAAGGAGCAGGUGCUGGCGGGGCAGUUCGCCGCAGCGCGCAAGACGUGGACAGAUCUUCUUGAUUUGAUCGACUCCAGGAGUGACAGCGUGAAUAUGGAAAAUUUCUUGCUUGACGCCGGCAUGAACCCGGUGUUGGCAGACGACUUACAGGCAACCUCGUCAUCUCUGAGAAGCACCCAGUUGAUGUACCUCAGCAGCCAGGCGUCUGUGUCGGCCCCUAACACAAUCUACAGCAUCAUGAAUGGGGUUAUCAAGAAAAAGCUCAAAAUCAUCCCCAAGGACCUCAUCUGGCAAGAGGCGUCGAUUGACGUAUACAAUGCGCUGGCCAACGACUUCAUGAAGCCAACAAUAAACGAGGUUGAUGAGUUGUUGUCGUAUGGUGUAAAUGUGACUGUGUACAACGGACAGCUGGAUGUGAUCUGCUCGACGAUCGGCGCAGAAGAAUGGGUGAACAAGCUCAAAUGGGAUGGUCUGAAGAACUUCUUGAGCCAGCCAAGGCAGCCUUUGCAUUACUGUGGCUCUGCCAUAUAUUGUUCCAAACCAAUCAAGGCAUAUGUUAGAUCAUAUAAGAACAUGCAGUUCUACUGGGUCCUUGAAGCUGGACACAUGGUGCCUGUUGACCAGCCUUAUGUUGCAUUCAGACUGAUCGCUAGCCUCACCCAGUCUCCAGGGAGUGAUUAGACGAAUCUCCUAUCUAAUAUGCAAGUAAAUUAGAGUAAACCGCACCGCUAAGCACAACAAUUUAGAUGGUGGGAGCUACUAUGUCAUGCAUGUAGCUUAAUAAUAAUUCAAACUAGUCAUGGAACUUGAUUAUAA